AUGGCGUGCUCUACAGAACAGUCUGUGAUGGCGUGCUCUACAGAACAGUCUGUGAUGGCGUGCUCUACAGAACAGUCUGUGAUGGCGUGCUCUACAGAACAGUCUGUGAUGGCGUGCUCUACAGAACAGUGUGUGAUGGCGUGCUUUACAGAACAGUGUGUGAUGGCGUGCUCUACAGAACAGUCUGGGGACAUGAUAGCGUGCUCUCCAGAACAGUCUGAGGACAUGAUGGUGUGCUCUACAGAACAGUCUGUGAUGGCGUGCUCUACAGAACGGUGUGUGAUGGCGUGCUUUACAAAACAGUCUUUGAUGGCGUGCUCUACAGAACAGUCUGAGGACAUGAUGGCGUGCUCUACAGAACAGUCUGGGGACAUGAUGCCGUGUUCUACAGAACAGUCUGGAGACAUGAUGGCGUGCUCUCCAGAACAGUCUGAGGACAUGAUGGUGUGCUCUACAGAACAGUCUGUGAUGGCGUGCUCUACAGAACAGUGUGUGAUGGCGUGCUCUACAGAACAGUCUGGGGACAUGAUAGCGUGCUCAACUGAACAGUCUGGGGACAUUAUGGCGUGCUCUACAGAACAGUCUGGGGACAUGGUGGCGUGCCCUACAGGACAGUCUGUGAUGGUGUGUUCUACAGAACAGUCAACAUGA